AUGGACUUGGCACGUCAAGAAGAGCGCGAGGCAUAUAAAGCGCUGCGGCGUGAGAACAAGGAUGUAUGGAGUCGUCUGGCCAGCAUCGCGCAUGAUGCGCAAUAUGUCGAAGACGUACGAGGCGCUUGUUAUCCGCUGCCACUCGUCGCUAAUUUGCGAUGUGGCGCAUGGUAUACAGACCCAGCGCACCUGGUAUCUACAGCGUAUUUUAAAUCAACAGAUGGCCACAUGCAUCAGUGGGACUUUAGUCUGAAGCGCGCCAAUUUGCAUCUUGUGCAUGUGAUCCAGUCGCCAGACGUAGAUUCCGCACUGACAGGCUGCCUGAUCAUUGAUUCGACACGCCGCGGCAAACGAUACCCAGAUGCUCUCUCAAAGACUGUGCCUAUUUGGUGCGCUGUACUAAAUCGCGCAUCACAUCGUGUACAUGCAACACCUGCACUCAUACCAGCGCUACAGGUACCCCUUGAUCAAAUCUCACAAAGUGAACAGGCGCAGAUCGAGGCGCGGUUAGACGUGUGGGUAGACAAGCUUUGUGCGUCCGACCUGCCUGUUCCACGCCUCGCCAAGCCAUUACACCCUGUAUUUGUACAUGCACCACAUAUACCCACGCUUUCAUCAGAUGUUCAGCACCAUGUCGUGCUGGUCAGCGUUUCACCUAGUUUGCCGCCUCCCUCAUUUCGUACCAUGCAUGCAUCGUACGUCCAAGGCGCCGGCGAUGAUCACGAAGCAUGGGCGCAUGGACUUACACCCAGGCUGUUUUGGCGACACAAGCGGCAGUUGAUGGCACCCGAGCUGCAAAGAGACGAACGCAUACAACUGGUAUGCGAUAUCGUAAAGACAGAGCGCGAACAAGCUGGCCAGGUGGCUUGGUUGUCGAGUCAUGAUACCGCCAUCCAAAUUGAAGGAACUCCUAUCUUUAUCCAGGCACUUCCAGCGACGCACAUGUUUUCUGAACGUGAUCGUGCCUCGUACGCACUUAUUAUCCACUGCGCUCAGCCAGAUACAAGUCCCCAUGUCCUGGGCCUCGGUCUCGACGCUUCCAAGCGCGGGCUGAAUGCGUUUUCUGCGGCUCUUCCGCGUGUCGUGGAUACAGUCACAGAUGUGCUGCGAAAGGAAGCACACGGCCGAGGCGUUCUCCUUUGCUGCACGGACGGGGGCCAGUUGAGUGGAGCCAUGGUGGUAGCGAUUCUCGCUGCCUCGUUUGACAGGCACCGGCACUUUUUGGGAGUGGGUGAUGAUGCAUACGCUCGCCUUACCCAACACCGGCGCCAAUUGUCCAAGGACGAUACGCAACGGCGCCUACAGUGGCUUACGACCUCAUGGAUGCAUGCAUCACCGAGCCGAGCGCACUUGCAGCGGGUGAACGCCUACCUGUUAGGCCCUUUCCGCCAAGUGCGCUUGUGGACAUAG